CAUUUAAGAACUGGAAUACGAAAAUGUCGAUGACAAACAGUAAAAUAGUCUUAUUAGCAGUAGGGGUGAUCUUCUUCAACCUCGUUGGUCACUGCUAUGGUGCUCUCGGCUAUGGUGGUCUCCAGUAUGGGUUCUACAAUGGCAAAUGCCGAACUUCAGAUGUUGAAGAUAUCGUAAGAAGGACAGUCUACUCCAAGUAUCUCACUAACAGAAAAAUUGCUCCCGCUCUCAUCCGCAUGCAGUUUCAUGAUUGCUUUGUCACUGGUUGCGAUGCGUCCAUCCUACUAGACGGACCCAACACAGAGAAAACCUCACCCCCGAAUUUAAGCGUUAGAGGCUAUGAUGUCAUUGAUGCUGCCAAAGCCGCGGUCGAGAAUGUUUGCCCAGGAGUGGUUUCUUGUGCUGAUAUAAUCGUUAUGGCUACAAGAGACGUCGUCUCCUUCAGCGGUGGAGCUAGAUACAGUGUCCAGACAGGAAGAAGGGAUGGACUUGUGUCUCUUGCACAAAAUGCUCUAACCCUCCCACCUCCUACUUCUUCGGGUGUCAAGUGCCAUUCGAGCAUUUGCUCUCAAGGGAUUCACAGCCACCGACAUGAUCUAUCUCCUUGGUGGUCACACUAUCGGAAUCGCUCAUUGUUCAUUGUUUAA